UUGUGGAAGAGCACGCUGCACCGUGUUAUCUAUCGCGGAGGGGACAAGUAUAGGAUCAGUGUGCUGUUUUUCUAUGAGUUGGAUUUUGAGGCUGUCGUGAGACCGCUAGAGAAAUGUGUGCAGAGGGCCUGGGGAAAGAGAAUCCAUGAGGGGAGCGCGUAUGGGGAGCAUCUAUUGACGACAGUGUUUAACAAUUUCUCUUAUAGCAAGAAGGCGGGUUGGAGAGUGUUUUGGGAGAAAAUCCGAUCUUAG